AUGGCAAGUAUGGUGACGCUCUGUGGUGCUCUGAGAAGAAAAAAAUUGACGCAUUUGGUAAUGGCUCCAGUCGGGCUCAGAGAUUCCAGGACUCACUCAGUGCUACAGAAAAGAGCUUGCUCCCAGUAUAAACAGGUGACCAACCAUGAGGACUUGCCCAUUCCAAUGGAGAAUCCUUAUAAGGAACCUCUUAAAAAAUGUAUCUUGUGUGAAAAACGUGUAGAUUAUAAGAAUGUACAGCUUUUGUCCCAGUUUAUUUCUCCAUUUACUGGAUGCAUAUAUGGAAGGCACAUAACACGGCUUUGUGGGAAGAAACAAAAAGAAAUCACAAAAGCAAUUAAGAGGUCUCAGAAACUGGGAUUUAUGUCAGUUACAUACAAGGAUCCUGCAUAUCCCAAAAACCCAAAAGUUUGUAAUAUCAGAUAUCGGGAAUAA